AAAGCGAAUAACGCGCGUUUCUUUUGCAUGUAGUUUGUUGCACAAAAUUGCAAAUAAGACAAAUCGCGGUGAGAAUGUGCGUGUGAAAUAAUAAAAAUCUACAAGAAUUAAUAGAGAUUGCUUGACAAUAACAGAAUAAUUAUUGCAAUUGACUAUAUUGUCAUAGCGGAAAUGGACAGUUUCAGCAGCAUGAAAAUUAAUUACAAAAUAAUGCGACAAUGAGAAUUACUUAUAUUUGGAUAUUGCUUUGUCUAAGUUGGGAAAUUCGUUUCACACAGGCCUCUUUAAAUGGUAACAACAUUACAUCAGUGGUUUUAGAAAAAAAUUUCUUAGUCAAUUUGAAGAUUAACGCUUUCUUAGACGAUCAUCGCCUCAUCCGGUUGAACAUUAGCUGGGAAAAUUUCACUGAUCCGAUAGAACACAUGUACGUAUCAUUUAUCGAUGGGAAAGGUUGCAGUGCAAUUGAAGACAUUGACAUAUUUCCCGCAAAAGAAUCUUCAUAUCUCAUAAGACCUUCUCCUGAUUUGACAAAUCCCGUUGAUAUAUUAAUGAACGGCUGCAAGUACGAAAUUAUUUUCGAUGGCGUGUAUUCGACUCAAAAUUUUAACCAACUCGUAAACUACACAAUCCCAGAUUGUGUACAGGACAAAUGCAAAUGCAGGAAACGGACUGAUUCUCCACAUGAAAUAGGAAGUAUAACAUCACUAACCGAUGGUCAUUACUUUAUCCGAUGGUUAAAGAAACCCAACAUUAAUAUUACGAUUAUCGACAUUUCAUACAAAAGACAAAAAAAUUCAACAACAUUUACCAACGUUAAAGAAGAAUCUACCACAGAUACAGGAAUUAAAAUUUUAUUGACUGAUAUCAAGGAAGAUGUUCCAUACACUGUGAUUAUUCGAUACAGUUUGGAUGGAUGUAUUUACGUUUCGUCCAGGAAUUUCACAAUACCGAAAAAAUCGAAUGUCCAAUUAAUAAUUUUAAUAACCACGUUAAUUAUCGCGCUGAUUUUGUUAAUCAUCGUUAUCCUGAGUUAUAAGUAUUUGAAAAAGUUGUUUAGUUCCGCCAAGGGUUACAAACAUGAAGUCUAUCCCUUGAAUCCGUUGCCUUCGAGUUCGAAAAAAGAAGUGGUUAAUCCGAAAUACGUCUCGCUUGAAUUUUUAGAGAAUGCUUAUAAAUACGACGACUACGAACUGCCAAGACGUAGAAUCAUCAAAGAGAAAAUACUUGGCGAAGGAGAAUUCGGAGUAGUCUACGAAGGACGUGUAUUCGAACUAGGAAGCAAACAAGGCUACACGAAAGUCGCCAUUAAAGAAUUGAGAGAAAAUUCGCCGAAGGAAGGGGAGCAGGAUUUACUCGACGAGAUGGAGAUCAUGAAAAUAAUCGGUCAUCACGACCACAUCAUCGGUUUAUUGGGCUGCGUUAGAGUCGAUAGACCGUUGAUGAUGAUUUUGGAAUUGGCCGACAUUUCCUUAAAGAACUACCUCAUGCAAUUGAGGAAAAGAUGGUCGGACAGACGGAGCACAUUCUUUUUCGCCGAUUAUAACGAUUCGUUCGAUACUUGGCAAGAGCAAAAAACAAAUAAUCAAACAACAGUUUCUCAAACUCUUUCUCCAGUCUCCAUUACAUCCAGCUCUCUACCGUCGUCCGCAAACACCGAAAUCACAACACUCGGCGGCGAAUACGUUUCAAGAAUUGAAGCCGUUCUGGACCACAACGAAUUACAUCGAUUCGCCGUGCAAAUCGCUCGAGGAAUGGAACAUUUGGAGAAAAUCAACAUAACCCACAGGGAUUUGGCUACUAGAAACGUUUUGAUGAUGGCCGACGGUAGGGUUCUCAAGAUAUCCGAUUUCGGCCUAUCCAGGGACGCGAUUUACAGUCCAAGCGGCAAGAGGAAGAUGCCCUUGCGUUGGUGGCCCAUCGAGGCGAUAGAGCAAAGGACGUGGUCCAGCAAAAGCGACGUUUGGUCGUUCGGAAUCGUUCUUUGGGAAAUCGGAACGCUAGGUGCUUUUCCGUAUAACAAGACGCCCGAUACUCUGUUGUUGUACGAUUUGAAGAUGGGGAAGCGACUGGAAAGGCCGAAAAUAUGCACGGACGGGCUCUACAAGCUGAUGCUGGAUUGUUGGAGCGAAAAUCCGGAGAGGAGGCCUUCGUUCGCUGAUAUAGUGGAGCAUUUGGACGAGAAAAAGAAGAAAAUUUACGUGGACUUUAAUGGCUUGAAUCCGACGUACGAUUUUCCUCCGGCGACGGACGAGCCUGUAUUAUGAUUUGUUUGACUGAUUUGUCUUGUGUGUAUUUUGUACAAAUUUUUAUACGGUAAUAUAAUUUUCAUUUUUUGUUA